AGGAGAGAGAGAGAGAGAGAGAGAGAGAGCUGAAGAACAUCUGCUUACCAAGACCAGGAGUGUCCAGCUGCAGACUGUGCAAACUCCUAGGUGGACCCACACUGGUCUCCCACACCUCUCUCUGGACAGAACAGUUCAAUCAACAAUCUCUAUAUCUCUUCUGGCAGCAAGGAUGAGGAGCCUGGCUCUCUGCUUCUUCUGCCUGCUCUGCUGCUACGCUGCCCGGGUGGAGGGCAGAGACAGACUCCGCUCCAAGCCCUCCAAGGUGUCCAGGGGCAGGGAGGUCUCUGAGGACACCAACAAGCCUGGGGGUCAGAGGAGCCCAGGGAGCCCGUGCAAAGGGAAGCCUCUGGACUUUGUCUUCAUCAUCGACAGUUCGCGCAGCGUGCGUCCCCACGACUACGAGAAGGUCAAGACCUUCAUCGCCAACAUCCUGCGCUUCCUGGACGUCGGGCCCGAUGCCACGCGCGUGGGGCUGCUGCAGUACGGCAGCGUGGUCCAGAACGAGUUCUCCCUCGCCACCUACGCCACCAACGGCGAGGUGGACGCCGCUGUGCGCACCAUGGAGCACCUGGCCACGGGGACCAUGACGGGCCUGGCCAUCCAGUACGCCAUGGAGACGGCGUUCUCCGAGGCGGAGGGGGCGCGGCCGGCCGACAUGCACAUCCCGCGGAUCGCCAUGAUCGUGACAGACGGGCGGCCUCAGGACACGGUGGAGGAGGUGGCGGCGGAGGCGAGGAAGGCGGGGAUUCAGAUCUUCGCUAUCGGGGUGGGCAGGGUGGACAUGAGCACGCUGAGGGCCAUGGGCAGCGAGCCCCACUCGGAGCACGUCCACCUGGUGGCCAACUUCAGCCAGAUCGAGACGCUGACCUCCGUCUUCCAGUCCAAGCUGUGUGGAGACACAGACGUUUGCUCCGUGGUGGACCACGGCUGUGAUCACCUCUGUGUGAGCACCCCGGCCUCCUACAUGUGCCGCUGCAGGAAGGGCUACACCCUCAACCCCGACGGCAAGACCUGCAAAGCGGAGGACCUGUGUGCGGUGGUGGAGCAUGGCUGUGCCCACAUCUGUGCCAACCUGCCGGAGGCCAGGUACGAGUGUCGCUGUCGGCCGGGGUACGAACUCAACCAGGACCUGAAGACAUGCAGGAGGAUAGAUUACUGUGACUUGGGGAACCAUGGCUGCCAGCAUGACUGUGUGAGCACUCCCGAGUCCUACGUCUGCCGCUGCAAGAAGGGCUACGUCCUCAACCUGGACGGCAAGACCUGCAGCAAGAUAGACCACUGUGCCCUGGGUACCCAUGGUUGUGAACAUGAGUGUGUGAACACAAACAAGUCCUUUGAGUGUAAAUGCAGGACGGGCUACAUGCUUCGACCAGAUGGGAAGACCUGCAAAAGUCUAGACUUGUGCCAGUCGGUGGACCAUGGCUGUGAGCAUCUGUGUGUCAGCACACCUGACUCCUACAGCUGCAAGUGCUUUGAAGGAUUCAUACUGGGGGAGGACGGCAAGAGCUGCAAAAAGCCAGACUGUGGAGACGGAGUGAUGGACCUGAUGUUCAUCAUCGAUGGCUCCAAAAGCCUCGGCCCCUCCAACUUCGAGCUGGUCAAACAGUUUGUCAACGGCAUCGUGGACUCUCUGGAGGUGUCUGCUGCAGGGACCCACGUGGGCCUGCUGCAGUACUCCACCAAGGUCCGGACCGAGUUCACCCUGGCCCAGUUCACCUCAGGCCAGGAGGUGAAGAAGGCCGUGUCGGCCAUCCAGUACAUGGGACGAGGCUCCAUGACAGGGUCGGCCAUCCGUCAAAUGUUUGAGUACAGCUUCUCCACCAAGGAGGGCGCCAGGCCGGGCAUCGCUCGUGUUGCCAUCGUGUUUACCGACGGGAGAUCCCAGGAUGACGUCUCGAAGUGGGCUGCCAAGGCUAAGGACGCCGGUAUCACCAUCUAUGCCCUUGGAGUGGGCAAGGCUAUCGAGGAGGAACUCCGAGAGAUUGCAUCAGAGCCAGACGAGAAGCAUUUGUAUUAUGCUGAAGACUUCAGCCGCAUGGGAGAAAUAACUAACAAACUGAAGUCAAGGAUAUGUAAAGACAAGCCGUCAGGUGAAGAGAUGUGUAAGUGUGAGAACGUGUUGUUGUUCCAGAACCAGGUGACGGAAAAGCUGAAGAAACUCGCCCAGAAUAUUGAACUUGUGUCGAAUAAGCUAGAAACUCUGGAGAUUCGCCUGGGACAGAAGUGAAGAACUGUUCAUGCAGCUACACCCAGUCGUUUCUAUCAUCAAGCCUUGGGAACGGAGUAACACAUUCAAGGAUGUCAAGUUCCUAUGAUGAGUGUGGACCUUUAUAAACUCCCAACGAGUAAAAUGAACCCUCCUGGAGUUAAAUAAGGAUAACACUUGGACAUUUCCUGUGAGACAUAUUAUCUUCGUUUUCUGCUGUAACAGCUGUUAAAUUAUGGUAUAUUUGUAAACAUUCUGGCAUAGUGUAUUUUUGUAUGGUUAGUAAGGCCUAGAAAAUGUAUCUACAACAGGUUUUAUAAAACAAAUGUAAUACACUUCCUACUCAAGCAUAAAUGUAUACUUGUAUACAUGAUUGUAUGAUGACAAGUCAAAGUAAAAGCAUUUUGUACAUCCGAAAUAAAAGCUUUUAUUUAGUCA